UGACAGCACCAGCACGGAGAAUGUAAUCGGAUCAUCGCUAGGCGCUAGGUUAGCAGUUUUAGGGAAAAAGGCAGGACAGUUAGGUCUUUAGCUGUAAUAAUAAAAUCAUUCGAGUUCUGAUCGUCAAGUAGUGCAGUUGUAUUUAAAUUUUUUUAAAAAGACCUCCUUAGUGUUAAGAAGUGUAAGUGGCGCAGUCGGCGCGGAUUUUGGAGAAAAGAAAGUUAACCCGCAUUUAGUGCUUCCGCGAACGCAUAUCGUGUGAAUUGUGGUGAACCCAUCUUUCCAAAAACCGCAACGAACCAAAAACGCGAGUGAAUAUCGCAACCAACAAAAAUAGUAACCUAAAAUAUAAAUAAGUGAAUCAGACGUAAUAAAUUAGUGAAUUAGACAUAAUCGUGAAGUGAGUUACUGUAGCUGUACUCUAGUUCAAAGGAUGGACCAUCAUCUCAAAGAUCGAAUAACGUUUAGCUUGUGUUAUGCACAACUAAACAACAUCAAAAACGUUAUAUUUCAGCAUCAGUAUCAACAUCAAAAAGAAGCAGCCGCGGCAUGGCGAAGAAUAUGCGAGAGUUUAUUCGUUCUUGCAUCUGCAGCCGCCGUGGAGAGCAACAUGGCCAAAGAAUCAACAGACUCCUUAGUAAAACUGAUGGAUGAAAUAUGCGACCAUCUUAAAAACCUUCUAACCACCUAAAAAUUUUACUAACUCUUAGGAACAAAACAAGCAUAUUAAUAAACUAAAAUUUUUAUUUUUAGAUCACACGACGAGACGAAAAGAAUGAAUGCACUCCACUGGAUCCCAUCAAUCCUAUCCAUCCUAACCAUCCUUAUAAUUCCAUUAUCCACACCAUCCUCCAUCCAAAUACAUGAUAUCACCAACAACGCAGGAGCGUUGCUUUUACAAAGGGGGGAGGGAAGGAUUAUUGACGGACAUGAUAGACUGUUGCACGUUAUUGAUUUUGCUCAAUUUGAAUUAUCAUUAUCAAUAAUAGAAAAAAUCGUAAACGAAAUUCCGGACAACUCGAGCCAAUUCUCUGAUAUUAUCAAAACAAAAGUAACCGAAAUUAGAUCCAUUUAUAACAAUCUAAAUACCAAGAGAAACAGAAGAAGAAGAGCAAUUGAUAUGUUAGGGAGCGCAAUCAAAUUUAUAACUGGAAACUUGGACGCUGAAGAUUUAAAAGUAAUCAAUUCUGAUUUAAACAAACUAAGGAAAAAUGAAAACAUUUUUAUAAAACAAAACAAUCGGCAGAUUAAAAUUAAUGAAAAAUUUGAAAACCGAAUCAACUUAAUCAAUAAACAAAUCAGAGAUCAAGAAAACUUUAUUAGAAGAAUUGUCGAACAAAACGGAUCAAUAAUAGCAGAAAAUCAAAAAAUAUUGUUAACAUUACAAUUAGACUCCUUUUUGGAAAAUUUGAAAUCUAUAGAAUACGCCAUCAUGUUGGCAAAGGUGAACAUUAUAAAUCAAUUGAUUCUAUCAACUAGAGAGAAAACAACAAUUAUGCAGGAGAUGAGCAAACAGGGCAUAGAAAUCACUAAUUUGGACGAUGCCAGUAGUUACCUUACAACAACAGUGCUGCAUCGGAGAUCAUCGAUAGUCAUCUGCGUUAACAUUCCACGACUUCUCCCAAACGCCUUCAAGAAGAUAAUCCUGGAGCCCUUACCUCGAUUCAACCAGUCAAUCAAAUUGAUGCACAACGUAGUUUUCCAAAAUACAAACCAAAUUCUGGCCAUCACAUCAGCUUGUCAGGAGAUCAACAAGGUCACAAUAUGCGAGAAGAGACAACUAGUCGACAUAAGCGAUCAUCUUUGUGAAGCAUCACUCUUGAAAGGACAACCCGGACAAUGUCCUUCGUCAGAGAAAUCACCUGCAGUCGAGAUUCGAAUAAUCUCCCCAGGAACACUGUUGGUGGUAGCCGUUCACCAAGACGUAAACAUCAACAGCACCUGCGGUAUCAGCAACCGAACGUUAACCGGUAUUCAUAUGGUAACGUUUCACAAUUGCUCCUUGCUCGUGAAUAAUGAACUCCACGAAAAUUAUGAACUUUGGUUUAAUCAACCAAUCAUCAAUCCAAUACUACCAGGACAAAUAAAAAUCUCAACCAUCGAGAGGAACGUCAACAUGACAGAAAUCCAAGAACUGCACCUGAAAAAUCGGGAACACCUUGAAACGAUGGACCUAAAAAACAAGAUCGGAUUUGUAUCGCUCAGCGGCUUUAUUAUCCUCGCAUUCGUUCUCCUGGCUUUGCUUAUCCUCAAACACUAUGGCUUUGCGAAAACAGGAAAUUGCUCGGGACGAGCAAUGUCUAAGGGGGGACGAGUUAAACAUGGAACCACCCCAGCGACAUCAAUUAUAGACGGAGCCACCCCGAUGCCGUCAACCGUUGGCCCCCACGCAUCAGCAGAACAUCACGCUGACACCCAGACAGCCGAGUCAGCAGCACCCAGCCUGGACACUAUCUACAACCACAGGAAUGCGGCGGCAUCCGAUGACAGCACCAGCACGGAGAAUGUAAUCGGAUCAUCGCUAGGCGCUAGGUUAGCAGUUUUAGGGAAAAAGGCAGGACAGUUAGGUCUUUAGCUGUAAUAAUAAAAUCA